AUGGCGUACAAACGAUCCAGGUCGACCUACGAGUCCGGCAAUAGCGCCCCGUUUGUGGUGUUUGGCACCCCUUUGCCAGACGAAGCCGACAGAGACGACAAUAGUUACCUACCACUGUGGAAACAGGAUGUCCGCGAUGAGCGAGGUCGCAAGCGUCUCCACGGCGCAUUUACAGGAGGUUGGAGUGCUGGCUACUUCAACACAGUCGGUUCCAAAGAAGGCUGGGCACCGUCUACAUUCGUAUCGAGCCGGUCUAAUCGACACAAGGAUGAUGAUCGAACUAUACAACAACGAGCCGAAGACUACAUGGAUGACGAAGAUCUAGCAGAUGCGGCCGAGGCUCAACGUGUGCAAACCGCUGAUGCGUUUAGUGGAUUGGGCAACUCGACUCAACGCGAAAUAGAAGGUGGAGGUCUUGCCGGAUUAUUUCGACCUCAGGGCGAAACAAUGGGCUUAAAGUUACUGCGAAGGAUGGGAUGGAAAGAUGGACAAGGUAUUGGACCUCGUAUCAAGCGCGCUGCUCGACUUGAUGACGGCAACGGCUCUCUGCAGGCCAAUACCACGGUGCAUUCAUUUGCUCCCACAAAUGUGCCGGUUGUCAAGCUAGUGGAAAAGACAGACAAACAGGGCCUUGGGUUCCAAGGAGAAAGAAAGCUGGGGUCUUUAUCAAAGACCGAUGACACGCAUGACGACAUAGACCACCAGCUCGGCCUCGACAACCCCAGCAAACACAAGGCCAAAUCACGAGGUGGCAUAGGUAUGGGUAUUCUUAACGACACAGGCUCAGAUGACGAAGAUCCGUAUGAGAUGGGCCCCUCGAUUAAAUACAAUAGAGUCAUGGGAGGAGAAAAGAAGAAGAAGAAAAAGGCCACGGCGGCCAUCAAUCCGGCACUGAAAAACGCACCAGUUUUUAUACCCAAAGGCUCUAGAUCUGGGAACAAAUUACAGCGCUGUCACGACGGCAAACUACCGCUGGACGGGUUUGUGUUAACGAGAGCUAUUGAGGAUGUGACUGCAAUGCUUGCCAAACUAGUGCAAUUUGCUCCGCCAACGAUACCAGAAGGUUGGAAGUCAUCUAUAUCGCCUCAAGCUACAGAGGGUGCAGUGUACAAGUCAACCAUUGAUGCCGCCAAGGAGUCAACAUUGGACCCCAAAGCGAGAGCAGCAAUAUUAGGAGAAAAAGCUCUUCCCGGUAAAUCCGUUUUCGACUUCCUCUCACCAGCCGCACGUGAACAGAUGGUUUCUGCUUCUGGUAAUGCAAAUCUGCCCCCAGCCAGGGGAGAAAUCCCGGCUGGUUUCGAGCCCUCUGUGGAAGAGCGAAACGCAGCUCUUCUUGACCGCAUCCAAUUGGUAGAUCGUGAUACAGCUAUUGCGGCAAUUGCACGAGGAUCAAGAGGCCCCUAUGCAGAUAACGAAGCCAAACGAGCAAGAUACAAGGUCUACCUCGAACACGCCAUCAAGUCGGAAACAGCGCUGCCAGAGCGUCUCCCAAACACAACAGAAGACGAUUAUGUCAAGGAAAUGAGCGAAUAUUAUAACUGUGCACGAAUAUUUAAACCAAUGACGGGGUUUAUGGCAUCUCGAUUUACCACCGCUAAAUCGUCAUCGACUCUACCGGGCUCAGGCUCUAGCAAUUCGCAGGAUCUGCUAACACAGCCGGUUGCAGCACCUAAAGACCCCGCAGAAGAAGCUGCAAAGGUUGGAAUGUAUGGCACUAUGACACGAACAGUCAUUGACUUUUACCCAACACGACUCUUGUGCAAGAGAUUCAAUGUCAGGCCUCCAGAGCAUGUUAGCAAGGAUGCCGAAGAGCCGCUGGCAACUGAAACGAGGGCUGCACAAGGCUAUGCUGCCUCUUCUUCUGAGGCAGUAAAUGCCCACGCAUUGAUGAUAAAACCAAAAGAAGACUUGGAAAUACCACAACCAGUUGAAAUUGACCCUACGCAGAAUGCCGCGGUGGAGGGCAAGACAGCAAAUGCCGAUGUGCUGCACGCCAUUUUUGGCGACAGCGAUGACGAUGAAUGA